GGGCGGAGUUUCUAGUUCAGGGUGACCGGUGCAUGUGGGAAACAUGGCUGCGCCGGUAGAUUUUCUCAAUGAGGAGGAAGUGAAGGGGUAUUUGGAUAAUAUCGGUACGGAGUAUACCUACCAGUGUUACAAGGAAAAGCAGCCAGAAGGCUGCCAUAGGCUCGUAGAGUAUUAUGAAGGAAUCAAGAAAAAUUUUGAGGCUGCGGCAAAACUAUUGAAGAUGAACUGUGAGCAGAACGAGCUCAGCGAGAGCUGCUACAAACUUGGUGCAUAUUAUGUCACGGGGAAAGGGGGUUUGCCUGUGGAUCUGAAGGCUGCCUACAACUGCUUUCUGAAGUCUUGCAACAAGGGUGGGAAGAAGUCUGUUGACUCCUGUCACAACGUUGGACUGUUGUUACACGACGGACGUGUAAAUGAUGAAAAACCAGAUCCUGUAUCGGCGAGAGAUUACUAUGAGAAAGCCUGUGAGGGCAAGCUGGCAGCAAGCUGUUUUAAUUUAAGCGCCAUGUAUCUACAAGGAGAUAAUGGUAUAGCUAAGGACAUGAGCAAGGCUCUACAUUACUCCGAAAAGGCAUGUGACCUGGGGCAUAUAUGGGGAUGCGCCAAUGCUAGCCGCAUGUACAAGCUGGGGGAUGGGGUGAGCCAAAAUGACUCCAAAGCAGAAUCCUUGAAAAAGCGGGCUAAGGAACUACAUACAAAGCAGAAAGAAGCUGUAUCACAAAUUGCAUUCGGUGAAUGAGAACUUUGCGGGCUGAUUACAGGAAAAGCUGUGAUUUUGGAUGUUGAUAGCACCUUUCUAUCAGCAUUGUUCUUAUACUGAAGUUCAGUCCCUAAAUAUAUAAUGUGCUGGGUACAUUAGUAAGGUACAUGCACACACUGACCUUUUUGUUUUUAUGUCCAGGAAAAUGGAAAAAUUGAGGCGUGAUUGUGGAAAAUGUCUGCGUGUUGAUUACAUUCAGGCAGAUCAAUAAAAUACUUUUUGAUUCUA